CAUUUCGUAAGGAUUCUGCCGUAGUCCUCACUUCCUUUUACUCUAUAUCACUCUAUCUUUCUGUGUAAUAUGUGCUGAACAGACAGCAGAUACAGUGAGACCACUUUUGAGACUUGAAUGUUUAGACAUGGUGGCAAUUACAACUCUUGCAGACGACAGUUACUCGUCAGAUUAUGUGGACUAUAAUGACACAGAUGAUAGUGCAUCACCCUGCGAAAUAGAAAGGACAUUGGAUUUCUUUGAUCUGUUUGCACCUGUAGCCUACACUGUGAUCUUCAUUCCGGCUGUGCUGGGAAACGUGCUAGUGCUGUUUGUAAUCCGCCGCUAUCGUCAGUCCCGCCACAAUCCCUGCAGCUUCUCAUUGACCGACACGUUCCUGCUCCACCUGGCCAUCUCUGACCUUCUUCUAGCCUUUACACUGCCCUUAUUUGCUACCCAAUGGAUCACUGGGUGGGUGUUCACAGUAGGCAUGUGUAAGUUGUCAGGUGCACUCUUUUCACUGAAUAUCUACUGUGGAAUACUCUUCCUUGCCUGCAUCAGCUUUGAUCGCUACUUGGCCAUAGUCCAUGCCGUCCAUACCAGCUGGAGGCACAAUACGUGCCUGGCUCAGGUUGUCUGUGUUGUGAUCUGGAUCUGCUGCAUCGGUCUUUCUGCCAUUGAUUUCCAUUUCCGAAAUGUUACAGUGCUACCCGGCUUUACUGUUCAAGUGUGCCAUGUACAAUUCAACCAAGACACUUCUGAACAAUGGCAGAUUAGCAUGCAGCUCCUUGGCUUGUUGCUAGGCUUUGGCCUCCCACUGCUGAUAAUGCUCUAUUGCUACUUACGCAUUUUCCAUGCAUUAUGCUACAAAAGCACACGCAGGCAGAAGCGACGCUCUCUCAGGCUCAUUAUCUCCCUAGUGGCUGUAUUUCUGAUUUGCUGGGCACCGUUCAACAUCUUCAAGAUGAUUGACAGUCUGUUGACACUGAAAAUACUGAGCCCCAGCUGCACACUAAACUAUGUGCUUGAUGUCAGCAUCCUAGUGACAGAAACCAUGGGACUGGCUCACAGCGCCCUCAACCCACUCCUAUAUGGCUUUGUUGGAGUCAAGUUCCGCCGUGAGCUUUUCCAAAUGUUCAAAUCAGCUCUGAGUUCUUCCUGGUGCUUCAGGAUGUCCGGUCGUGUGCAGAGUCAUGGAAUGAGUCGCAGGCCUACAGGGUCCUUCAGCUCUGUGGACAGUGAGAACACCUCCUUCUUCUCAGUUGUGGCAUAAGUUAAAUGAUUUCUGGGGAUUUCUUUGUUGUUUUGCUUGUUUUCAUUUCAUUUAAGAGCAAAAAAAUACAUAUUAUUUGUAAAACAAAACUUAUUUUCAUAAACCAAAUAUUAUAUUAUAAAUUUGUUAUAUAAACAAGUUUGGCAUUUUCCACAUUUUUAAAUAGUUUAACUUUUCAUCCUUUAAACCUUUAUCUUAAUUAAAAAGAGAUAUAUAUUUCAUGUUUCGUGUUUUACUGAUAGUUAAAUAUGUAUAAAUACAACUGCUAAAUAAUAUUGUCUUAAGCAGGAAGUGAAACAAUUUCAAGACUUUCAUUUGAAUUUUCUGUAUUUUUUGAAUUUUUUGUUUAGCUAAGCAUGUUUCCAAUAAUCUCAUAUAGAAGCUUAGUCAUCAGUUCUGUAUAUAGGUUUUGUUUUAUUUGAACAGGCGCUUGUACAUUUCCCUGGUUCUUAACUCCUUAAGUACAAUAUGAAUUUUAAAGCUGGUGUCUGCCAUUUUCUGCACAGGAAGUGCAUGUAGGCCUAUUUCUAUGUUCUACUUUCUGUUUUUCCUGUUAGGGGUCACCACAGCAAAUCAUUCUCUAUUCAACUAUUCAAAUCAACUCUAUUUUCAGCGUCCUCUACUCACGCACGAAUUAGCGUCAUGUCCUCUUUCAACACAUCUAUAUAUCUCCUCUUUGGUCUUCCUCUUGACCUCUUACCUGGCAGCUUCAUCUCCACCAUCCUUCUACCAAUAUAACCAUCUCCCUCGUCUGUACAUGUCCAAACCAUCUCAAUCUAGCCUCUCUGACCUUGUCCCCAAAACAGCCAACCUGAGCUGUCCCUCUGAUGUGCUCAUUCAUAAUUCUGUCCAUCCUCGUCACUCCUAAAGAGAACCUCAACAUCCUCAUCUCUGCUACCUCCAUCUCUGCUACAGACUCUAACCCAUACAGCAUAGCUGGUCUCACUACUGUCUUCUACACCUUUUCUUUUCUUUGAUUCUUGCUUCUGUCACGCAACACUAUUUUCUGACACUCUUCUUUCUCCACCAACUCUAACCCGCUUGCACUCACCUCUUCACCUCACUUCCUGUCACACUUGAUGGUUGACCCCAAAUAACUUCUGCAUGUUCUUGACCUCAGCCCUCUGUAACGUCACUGUAUUGUUCACUUCCCUCCCUCUCGUUCAAACAUAUGUACAGUAUGUAGACCUAUUUGUAUGUUUUUCCAUAUGUUAUUUUCUAUGAUAUAUUUUUCCAGAAGAACAAGUUUGAUUAAUUAUUUUUGCGGUAAGGCACACACGAAUAAGCUUUGGAGCUUUGACUUUUUUUUUUUCCAUAAAAGAAAGCAUGGGUUGAAUUCCAUUAUAAAUCAUGGGUUGAAAAUUCUUGAAUUUCUACUGUCUGAAAGUCUUUGAUGAAUGUAAGGUUUGAACAGUUAUAUUAAAUAAAAUAAUCAGUGUUUAAACAUAAA